UGCAUGGAUCAAUACUCGUACAUGGGAGUACUGUCACACACUAUGAAUGUCAGUUGCGUCAAUGUGCGUCAAUGACACAAGACCUGUCUGGAAUUCUGAGUGUAACGUCCGAACUAGUUGCAUGAUGUGUGACGACGUCGCCCGCUCCGAAAGUCGAUGCUAUGUUUCAACUCGUGCAGGGCCUAGAGUAAUGGUCCUUCUACCCCCUGGAUAAUGUGUUCCAUGUAGUCUUGGAAGACAGGGCUGCAUGCAGCCACGUAGGAAUACAGUGUUGAGUUCGUCGCUUGUCCUCACACUGAGAUCGCAUCGGUGGCACUACCACCCCAAACUGUUAUAUUGUGCAUCUGCCGCAUUGUUGCCUUCCGAUUCCCGUCCAGACCGCAAGACCGUGCUUCUUCUGUGAAUAUCAAAGAACAUCUGUAGAAACGGACAUAACAUGGACUCUUUGGCUAUUCUGUUCUUCGUGCCGCGCUUCGUUUGUCACUAAAGGCAAUGAUAGUGCGAUGGACAGGUACCGCACGAUUGCAAACGUAAAUUGCGCACCACUUUUCUUGCAUGAGUGACCCUUCCUGUAAAAGCGAAAAAUGGAAGACGGAGAUCAAGGCAC